AUGGCGGCGGCGGCGGCGGCUCCUACCGGCUCCUGGCGCCGCCGGGGCCCGAGCCCCGCAGCCGGGGGGGGCCCUGCCGCCGCCGCCGCCGCGCCGCCCCCCGGGGGCCCCUCCCCGCCCGCGCCCCCGCCCGGCCCCGCCGCUCCCGCCGCGCUGCCCCCGGUGCGGCUCUCGCUGGUGCGGCUGCUGCUGCCGCCCGAGGGGCCCGAGCCCGCCGAGCCGGGCGAGCCCGCCGAGCGCAGCCGCCUCUGCUGCAACCUGGGCCGGGAGCUCUACUUCUACUCGGGCUGCGGGCCGGGCCCCGGCGGCCGCGGCAGCAGGCGGUCCCUCGAUCUGAACAAGCCCAUCGACAAGCGCAUCUACAAAGGCACUCAGCCCACCUGCCACGACUUCAACCAGUUCACAGCCACCACUGACAGCAUCUCACUGCUGGUGGGCUUCUCUGCUGGCCAGGUUCAGUACCUGGAUCUCAUCAAGAAGGACACCAGCAAGUUGUUUAAUGAGGAGCGGCUCAUCGACAAGACGAAGGUGACCUACCUGAAGUGGAUCCCGGAGACAGAGGGCCUCUUCCUGGCCUCCCACGCCAGUGGGCACCUGUACCUGUACAACAUGGAGCACCCGUGCGGCUCCGCCUCACCCCAGUACACCCUCCUCAAGCAGGGCGAGGGCUUCGCCGUCUACGCCUGCAAGAGCAAAAGCUCCCGCAACCCACUGGUGAAGUGGGCGGUGGGCGAGGGGGCCCUCAACGAGUUCGCCUUCUCACCCGACGGCCGCUACCUGGCCUGCGUCAGCCAGGACGGCUGCCUCCGCGUCUUCCACUUCGACUCCAUGCUGCUGCAGGGAAUGAUGAAGAGCUACUUUGGGGGGCUGCUGUGCGUCUGCUGGAGCCCCGACGGGCGCUACAUCGUCACUGGCGGCGAAGACGACCUGGUGACCGUCUGGUCCUUUGCCGAGGGUCGGGUCAUCGCCAGGGGGCACGGGCACAAGUCCUGGGUCAACGCGGUGGCCUUCGACCCCUACACCAGCAGCGUGGAGGAGGAGGAACCGCCGGAGCUAAGCGGCAGCGACGAGGAGCCCCAGGAGCCGGCCCACUUUGGCCGGGUGCGGACUAGCAGCACCCUGUCCCGCCUCUCCAAGCACAGCACCAAGAGCUCCCCCUCGGUGACCUACCGCUUCGGCUCGGCCGGCCAGGACACUCAGUUCUGCUUGUGGGACCUGACGGAGGACGUGCUGUACCCCCACCCCCCGCUCUCCCGGGCCCGGACUCUCACAAACACCUUCAGCUCUGGCAUCCCCUCCUCGGUGAGCGGUGGGAGCAACCUGGCUGGGGAGCCGGGGGUCAGCAGCGGGGGGUCCAUCCUGCCCCGCUCGCUCUCGCGCUCCAACAGCCUGCCCCACCCGGCCGUUACCAGCGCCGCCAAGAGCCAGGUGGCGGACAGCGCCGUGCCCUUCAGCAUCGGCAAGUUCGCCACGCUCACCCUGCAGGAGCGCCGGGACAAGAACGCCGAGAAGGAGCACAAGCGGUAUCACAGCCUGGGCAACAUCAGUAAGAGCAACGACAAGAUCAGCGGGGCGCCCCGGAGCAAGCUGGACACGGCCAAGGUCUUGGGCACGGCCCUCUGCCCCCGCAUCCACGAGGUGCCCCUGCUGGAGCCCCUGGUCUGCAAGAAGAUUGCCCACGAGCGGCUGACGGUGCUGCUCUUCCUGGAGGACUGCAUCAUCACCGCCUGCCAGGAGGGGCUCAUCUGCACCUGGGCCAGGCCUGGGAAAGCCGCUGUCGGGCCUGAGACAAACCAUCCUCGCUGCCCCCUGCAGCCGAUUUCAGGAGCGACCCCGAGACGCGGCUAGUCCAGAACCAGCCCGGUCCCGUGCGCGGCAGAGAAGCAGAGACCAAAUGGGGGGGUGCCUUUGGAACCUCCCCUCUCAGAACGGCAGCUCGCCCAGUGGCACUGUGGUAUAACCCAGGGACCGCCUGCCCCCCCACUCGGUGCCAGCUUGGCCGCCUGGCACCGCCCAGACUCCGGGCCCUCGUUAUUUAACGCUAAUUGACGCUGCGAGGACAGACGCUUCCCGUGGUGGUGAGCCGCUAACAGAGGUUUAAUAUAUAGAUACCCGUCUGCAGUGCACAGGCCCCUCCACUGGCCUGGGCCACCCUGUCCCUUAACGUAUUAAUGGCCCCUGUUUAAAGCUUUGUGGAACUUCAGCCCUGGAGUGAUGGGAGCAGAGCCGGUCUCCCCAGAGCCCUCAUUUUGCACAACAGCCUGGAGCUCUGGAGCUGCGAGCUGCCCAGGGGUGCUGCGGGGGGGGGGGGGCUUUCUGCUGCCUCAGUUUCCCCAGAACACACUGGAGUGGCCAGAAGGGCCCCUACAGGUUGGCACUACCUGCACUUCCUCUGCCAAGAGACAACCACCCUGGAGCAUACGCAGUCCUGGAGGCAGCCGGAGACCUGGCACCCUGCCCCCACAUGGGCACAAGCUACCGCCGGCAUCCCCGGCACCACCUGCUGCUGUCCCAGAUCCCUUGCAGGCAGGCUGGGCUUCGUCCUGAGCCAGCAGUCGCUCUCGUGGUCGAGCUGAGGGGGGCCCUGCCUGUCUGUCCUUGCCCUGCAGGGCCUCUGUGCCCGCUGUUACUACUGAUCCCCAGCCCCAGAGAUGGCAGGGCUGAGUGGAAAGGUGCCCAGAGGGCGGCAGUUUGGCAAAUGCCUCCCCCUCCCCUCUGUGGGAGCGACCCCCAAAGCGAAACUCCCAGGCUGCUGUGCCAGUGUCCUGCGUUAUACCCACUCUGGCCGUCUGCUCUGUGCCUGGCCUCGUCAGACCCCCCACUCCCCAGGGGCAAGGGCACUGCCAUGCACCUUGGCUCUCCCCGGCCUCCCUGGAGCUGUGGGUGCUCACGGCACUGCCUGGCUACCGGCCCCUUCUUCCUGCAGCUGGCCACAGCGACUACCCCUUCCGCCUCUUAAAGCCUGGGCCGCCAGCUCCAGCUGGGGUUGGACACAGCUGCCCCUGUGCUCCUCUGAGCCCCUCUCCCUGGGAACGGCCACCCUGGCCUCAUGUAGAAUCAUGGGGGGGGGGGGGGAUGCUGGGUGGCACUUGGCCCCAGCUGCCUGAGCGACUGCCACUGCCUCCCGCCCUGGGGGAAGGCUGGCAGGACAUGCACCUUUCGCUGGUCCGGUCCCGGGGAACUCUCCACCCCUGGAGCAGGCAACCCUGGAUCCCCCUGGGAGCUGACCAGAACACAACGUGCAUCCCUCCGGCUUGACUUGUGCUUGCCCCUGCUCGUUCCCCUGCCUGCUGGGAUGGGGGAGAGCCCAGCCUUGCUGUACACCCAGCGUGGGCACAGGGAGAGCCCGGUCCGCACAAAGAACAGUAUUAGCCUUGGUAUCCCCUGCCCCAUGGCCACUCACCUGUGCCCUCUAGCCCACUCCCCUGCAAGCAGCCCUCUGGGGCUCUGUGCAGGCACAAUGUUGCCCUACUACUGCUGGCCCGAGGGCGCCUGCCCACUGGAUGCCCCCCAGCAGCCCACACCCCUUGUCCACCCCUGCAUGGGGGGCAGGGCCCGCAGGGAUUGGGUACCCCUCUGCCGUCUGUUCCCCUUGUGGCUGAAUGUCUAAGUUAUGGAGCUGCGGAUCUGCAAGUUCUUAUUUAUACUAAAGAUACAAUUUUCACA